UCCCGGUGAAACGCGUCUGCUCGCAGCCUCCACUCCACUACAGUUGGUAGCUGUUGGCCACAGGUUGUGGAUGAGGACAGUGGUCCACGCGAGCACAAUCUAGCCAGAAAACCAAUCAAUAAAGGGACUUGAGGUUAAGUUGAUGUUUCAUUUGGGAAUACUUCCCUCAUCAUGAGGGUCCGUAACUGAUUUUGGAUAUUGAACAGAGGCUGUCUGCUGCUAAAAGUUCAAUAUCCAUUUACCAGAGUUUCGGCGAGCAGAACUGGGCGCAAUUACGCACGGCGAGUACCAUGGCACCGAUUUUGGAUAAGCGUGCUCCCGCUUUGCUCUUGGUUUGGAGCUACUGCGUUCUGGCGGAUACCGCCUUUACGAACUUUACUUUGGACAACGAGUUUCACUCCAGUUUCAUCCACCGUCGGCUGAAGAGCCAGGAGCGCAGAGAGAUGCAGCGGGAGAUCCUGUCGAUCCUGGGGCUGCCGCACCGGCCGCGACCCCACCUCCACGGAAAGCACAAUGCUGCCCCGAUGUUUAUGCUGGACUUGUACAACGCGAUGUCCACAGAGGGAGACGAGGACAGAUACUCCUACCCCUACAAGCCAGUCUUCACCACCCAGGGGCCCCCGAUAGCCAGCCUGCAAGACAACAACUUCUUGAACGAUGCAGACAUGGUCAUGAGCUUCGUCAAUUUAGUUGAGCACGACAAGGAGUUUCUACCAGUGCGCCGGCACCACAGAGAGUUCAGAUUCGACCUGUCACGGAUCCCAGAGGGUGAGGCGGUCACUGCAGCUGAGUUUCGUAUAUAUAAAGACUUCAUCCAUGAACGUUACGAUAAUGAGACCUUCCGCAUCAGCGUCUACCAGGUGUUGGAGGAACACUCUGAUAGGGAGUCAGAUCUGUUCCUGCUGGACUCACGGGUGAUCUGGGCAGCGGAGGAGGGCUGGCUGGUGUUUGACGUGACAGCCACCAGUAACCACUGGGUUCUGAACCCUGGCAGGAACCUGGGGCUACAGCUGGCCCUGGAGAGCACAAAUGGAGAGAGUAUUAAUCCUCGUGUGGCAGGGCUGAUCGGUCGCAGUGGGCCUCAGAAUAAACAGCCCUUCAUGGUGGCCUUCUUCAAAGCCACUGAGGUGCACCUGCGAAGCAUCCGCUCAGCGCCAGCGGGGGCCAAACAGCGUAACCCCAACCGCUCCAAAGGGGCAAAGAGCCAAGAGGCGCUAAGAGUGGCCAAUGUUGCAGAAAACAGCAGUACUGAUCAGAAACAGGCGUGUAAGAAGCACGAGCUCUACGUCAGUUUCAGAGACUUGGGGUGGCAGGACUGGAUCAUCGCUCCAGAAGGAUAUGCAGCGUACUAUUGCGAGGGAGAGUGUGCCUUCCCACUGAACUCCUACAUGAAUGCCACAAACCAUGCCAUUGUGCAAACCCUCGUUCAUUUCAUUAACCCAGAGACAGUUCCUAAGCCCUGUUGCGCCCCCACGCAGCUCCACGCCAUCUCAGUGCUCUACUUUGACGACAGCUCCAACGUCAUCCUGAAGAAAUACCGCAACAUGGUGGUCAGAGCUUGUGGCUGCCACUAGACUCUCAACAUCUUCACACAGACACACACAGGUACGCACACACUCAUGAGUAAAGACAGCUUCCCCUCGCUGUCAUUUGAAACGUUGCAAAUGGAUUGCAAAAUAAAGUACGUGCACAUGCGUUUUAGGAACGUUCAGAGAGUUCAAGACAGUUUCCUGUGUGGAAAAAGCUCUUGUCUCAUUUUCAAGGUUGUCCUGAAGUAAACAUGUUGUUGUGUGGUUGAACAAGAAUUUCAAUCAAUUUUAGAUUCCUCGCCACAAGUGCACACUUACACACACGCACAAACACAAACACGCAUGCACACACACACACACACAUGCACACACACACUCACGUUUGUGCUUUCUACUGUGUAUACAAGACAUUUAAAGCAGUGAUUGUACUGUAUAUUCAUUCACAGUCAACAAUCUUUUGUUUAUUUCAAUCAUUGUUAUUGUAGUUCAUUCUUUUACUGUAGAUUUUAUUAUAUAUAUAUAUUUUUAUGACUGAGACCCAGAUGGAAGUUCAUGUAAUGUACAAUACUGUGUAAAUACUUUUCAAACAAAGCAAGAUGUGUAUUUAUUUCCUGGAAUGUCACUUGGGUUUGUGUUUUCUCCUGUAUGUAAUGCUGCCUGUUUUCUUUCACAUGAUAGUACACACAAACUCUGAGGAAAUGAAAACAAAGUUGACAGAAAACUACUUUGACAUGAGAGUUGAGGUCAUAUUCCAUGCACCUCUCUCUGCCUCACGUGCACUUGUACGCUACACACUGAUGGUGGGAGGCCAUUUAUGACAACUUGGACCUGUGGAAGUGUCUACAUAUUUCAUCAGUCGAAGCUGUUACAUAAGCCUGGCGCACAUUUUUAUAACAGCAUUCAGCUGAACUGUCAGAGAGAGAGAAGUUUGUACAAAGCAUCUUGAUCUGUGUGCAAAACAAUUUCAGGUUUAUAUUCCUCUGCUGUAAUACAAUCUGUCAUAUUUAAAAGGUCUAUUUAUUGAGAGCUGGCUAAGCUGUUCUACAUUGUGCUCCAAUGUCUCAUCCAUGUUUUACUGCUGAACUGGUACAACAAUAAACUGGGAG